AUGCUGUGCGAAGCCCCAAAUGGGCCGAUCGAGCUCAAUCACCCAUGCUUGCAAACUCCCAAACCGGCUGUGCUAGUGGCCUUGGCGAACCAGGCUAUGCAUGUUUCGGCAGCUCCCACAGGCGAUGCUUCUGGCGUUUGGGUCGCUCUCGCCGUUGUCGGUUGGGCUUUGGUGUUGGGCCUUAUCCUAGUGCUGAGGCAUCGUGCUCAGCAGUGGGACACGCAGAUGAACCAGCACCUCAUGGAGAAGUUUGCGUACAAACGACACAGCGCGGCACAGUUGAGACGCACUUGGCGCCUCGCCGCUCGGGCCGGGGUUUACCAAGAAGCAUUUGACACCACUGUCGCUGAAAAGCAGGCAGCAGAUGUGGAGCAUCUGGAAAAGUGGGAAGCCAUCACAAGUGCCCUGGAGAGCGGGGAAACGUACCUUGCGGAUGCGGCGGAGCUCCAAGAGUCGGAACUCGGCGUCCGAUUACUUGAUGCUUGCACCCAAACCAUGUAUGCUCGCAUGGAAAUGAGCGAAGCAGCAGAGGGCUAG